CUGCAAAAAAUCAUGUGUCAGAUGAAAUGCAGAAAAUGUGAUAAAUCCUCAUGUAUAGUUGCUAGACAAAAAGAUCCAUUUUGUAAGGACUGCUUUAAUAGUUAUUUUGAACAUAAAUUUCGAGCAACAUUUGGUAAAUACAGGAUGAUAGAGAAGGGUGAAAUUGUCUUAGUACCUCUGUCAGGUGGAAGAUGCUCAUCUGUUUUAAAGCACUUAAUAGAUAUCACUGUUAAAAAAGAUUUUAAAACUGGGAAUUCUUUAUUAAAUUUUAAACCUAUAUAUCUCUAUAUCGAUGAUUAUAUACCAACAUUAGGCAAGCAAUAUGAUAGUAAUUGUUCCUAUUUUGAUUCUGAUAAUUUAUCAAAUGAAAAGCAAUGCACUUGUUAUAUAUCAAAAAAUAUAAAUAAAAUUUUAGAUAUGUAUAGACCUCUCAUAGAUAUCAAUUCACUAUUUAUAACAUUUCUGGAUAUAGUCCAUUAUAAUUAUGAUGAAAAAUUUACUAAUAAUGAGAGGAUACUGCCUUUAUUUACAGAUGUAUCUCAAUAUUUAAAAAUAAGACACCAAUUUGUUAAUAAUACUCCACAUGAAUCACCUCUCAACCUAUUGUUAAAUUUACCCAAUAACAAAUACCCAUUUCGAAAAACCUUGAUCAAAAUAAUCAAGAAAAAUAUAGUCGUUAAUGCCUGUUCACACCUGAAAAUAAAGAAAGCCUUAAUGGGAGAUUAUAACACUCUGAUAGCGACCGAAUUAAUGAGCAGUCUUAUCAUGGGCGCAGGCGCCCAAAUGUCCAACCAAGUGACUUUUUCGCAAUCCGUUGGCGGAGUCACUAUUGUCAGGCCCUUAAAGGACGUUACAUCCAAGGAAAUCGCUUAUUACAUGCACGUCAAUCAUUUAAAAUCCGUCAUCACAUCCGAUUCGAUACUAAGCAACAACGUACACAAUCAGUCUAGCAUCGAAGUGUUGACAUCCAAUUUUCUGAGCAACCUCCAACCAGAAUUCCCAUCACUUAAUAACGCCAUCUGCAAGAUAGGUGAUAAAGUGAAGAUGGAGAACGAUAAAGUUUUGAACAAGAAACUAUCCAAUCAAACUCGAGUUUGCCAAUUUUGCAAAGAAUUUAGUAGACACCUUUAUCCCUACAUCGUAACAGACGGUUUCUCUAACAAAGAAAUCGCUUUUAACGAGUAUGACUACGUUGACGACGAGAACAAAUGUAUCGGCAACCCCAAUGACCCUCGAAUGCCAAAGUCAGUAGACGCAGUCCUUCUAUGUUACAGAUGCUACAACGUUCUACAACCAUUGGAUACAAAAUUGUUGCCUAGAAUCUUAUUCUACGAAUAAAACACGUGACAUUUCGCAAAUAAAACAAAUGAAUGAAUGGGAAAAAGGAAAGAUAUAGUGCCUUAAUAACAUAAAUUUAUAUAUUAAUUUUUUAUUAUAAUGUAUAUUAUCGUGAUUAAAUUGUAAU